AACUGGCAGCUAAUCAAAUAAUCCCUUUAUUCUACUGUGAAGAUUUUAUAAUUUUCUUUGUCUUUGUUGUCGUCUUACAUUCAGUGUCUCUCACAGACACAUAUUGUGUAUAGCUGAGGUCUAACAAACUUUUUUAAUUUGAAUUCUGCCGGCUCCUGGCUAAUCCAGACAUGGUCAAAGAAAAAGGGGCCAUGCCCUUAAUUAUGCAUAACUUUAACUCUUAAUAUAAUUCAAACAGAUGAGUUGUGCAAAACGUCACCAUCGGGGCAGUUUUCAUGAACGGGGAAACACCAAAACCGUUCUUUGUACCAGGCUGUAAACAUUGGCCAUUUUAAAAUGGGGCCUUACGGAGAUUAACUUACUCAUGGAGUCAGCCUCUAGUGGCUGUUAGAGGAACUGCAGUUUUUAAUACUUCCUUGUUGGCCAUGAAGGUUGCCACUUGAUGAGAACAAACAAAACAGCGACCCACUCCCACAUAUUGCCCCAUAGUGCUACUAUUGGUCAGAAACUCAGGGUUCCUUUAGUCUAUGAAGUAAUCAACAGAUUAAACCAGAAUGAAAAUAUUAAUUAGUUGCAGCUGUUAUUGUGUGUUUAAAAUCUGACUGCAGAGAGAAAUCAGGACACCAGACAUGACACUCAAUAGUAAGUUUACUCUGAAACAGUUCAUGUGCAUCAGUAAUCAUUUAAUCUCCUAGAACUAACAAACUGUUAUUUUGAUUGUCUGCUCGUCUGACUGCAUUUCUUGACCUAAUUUUAGAGAUCCCGAGUUCCCAGCUGUUGAUAAUGGACACAACUACCAAAAUAAGUUAUAAUAAACCAGAAUUCUCAGCCUCUUCCUCCAGCCUUUAUCUGUCCUGAUACAAAUUCAAAGAGCAUCCUAAAAUAGCCUGAAGGUGGAAGUCAUUACAGAAUAAAACACCCAGACAAGGCCUGCAGAUCCUUUGUCAUAUAAUUGGUGGCAAAUUAAGUUGGAAAGCGUUGUUUGAGUGACUGAUGGUUUGUCAAUACUUAAAAUCCCUGACAGACAUUCUUUCAGGUAUGUCUGCGUUUUCCCAGCAAGACGACCUUCAUGACGACCACAAUGACAAAAGAAACCGCAAACUGCCCCUUGUCUUUCUCUCCCUGUCAUCCACUCCCCCCCCCCUCUCCUGGAGACCUUCUGUCCUCAGAAGCAUCUUAAUGAAUUGGCUGCUUCCUCUGUGAAUUGCCUCCCCAAUCAAGGAAUUGGCGAUAAUUAUGGCAAGGUUUCUCAGCUGAAAGAAUGAAGGUAAUGACGGCUGACUUUGCGUGCGUCAGAGGGGUGAGGGACCAAUGGGUGACAGCAGCCUGUGACCUGAGGGUGGCGGGGUGGGAGGACGGAGGGCAUGCAGGUUUUAAAAAGGUCAGAGGCAACGAAUGUCAUAGAAGAUACAGCAAGUUGGACAACGCAAGAUGAGACUUUCUUUCCAUCUCGGUGCCUCACAGCUCACCUUCCUCUCCCUUGCCCUCCUCUGCCCCGCCCCACGGACUGUCGCAUCGUACCCCCACUCUCCCACCGCCCUCCUGCCCGCCGUGGACGUACCUGACCUGGAGGCCGCUCUGCUGCACCUCCAGGCUGCUCUGGACGACCAGACACACGAUUGGCUCGUCCAGCCUGACGCUUGGGCCGAGUGGCCUCAAGACCCCCGGCCGGCCCAGCUGGAGCCUGGGGAGGAGGAGGAGCAGGAGGAGCAGGAGGAGGAGGGGGAGGAUCUGCCAUGGGAGGAGGAAAUACUACUGAGGGCCCAGAGAGGAGACCUGGUGGGCCAGCCGCUGUCACCCUUCCCCAGGGAUCACUCUCUUGAGGGUGCACACUAUCAGGAGGGAGGAGAGGGGGAGGACGGAGGGAGUAGGAACGAAGCUCUGACCUCCUUCGCUGGAGGACUCCAAGCUGUCAGCCGGGAGAAAGGAGGAUUCGGUUUCCGCUUCGGGAGGAAAAGAUGGACUGACAGGGGAUGGAUGAAUGAAGGGAGGGGGAGCACAGAGGAGAAUAAGUGGAAGUGAUGAGGAGAGGGUCUCAACAGGGAGCGAAGAUGAUGGGAGAUAAAGAGGGUGAAACUGAAACAGGCUUCUUUCCAUGUGAGGGUGGUGAUACACUCAGCAAUUUUCUAGGCAGCAAAGAUGGCUUCCAGCAACAGGCAAUACACAGCGAUGCACAGUAUUUAAAUAAGUCACGGCAACCAAAAGUUGCUGGAAAAGUUGCCCAGUGGAUCACUGCUUUGAAAACAAGAAGCAGCACAAGGUUUAGGGCAGGUUGCACUUUAGUUUUAGGAAAGACUUGAUAGAACAGGAGGAAGAAAAUAAAGAGAUAAUAUUUAAAAAAGACUUUCUCCCCGUGUUUUAAUCCUCUGAGCACAAAGAAAGCAGCGAGAGACUUAUUUUUUAGUGACUGGAUGUACAGAAAUGAAUGUUCAAUCAUGUAAAUGUUAAAGUAACAAGUGUAAUAAUAAAUGUACAUAGAUAUAUACCGGAA